AUGGACGCGAUCUCAUUCGUCCUAGGUAUCAAAUCUUCGCAUCUUCGGUCUACGAAUCUGCGCGACCUCAUCUAUCGCGGGCGCGUGCUGCGCACGUCCAAAAUCAACGGAGAUGGUUCCGCUACCAAGGAAGGGGAGCAGGAUGGCAACGAUGACGCUCAGGAAGGCUCCGAUGUUGAAGACUCUCAGACGGCGGGAGAGAGUAACGACCCGAAGACCGCGUGGGUAAUGGCCGUAUACGAAGACGAUGCCGGAGAAGAGCAUCACUGGAAGCGAUCCAUCACAAGCCAGGGCGUCAGUGAGUAUCGCAUCGACAAUCGCGUUGUGACUGCCCAGCAAUACAACGAAGCGUUGGAGGCCGAAAACAUCCUCAUCAAAGCGCGCAACUUCCUCGUGUUCCAGGGUGAUGUUGAAGCCAUUGCGGCGCAAUCGCCUAAGGACCUGACUCGUCUUAUCGAACAAAUCUCGGGAAGUUUGGAGUACAAGGCUGAAUACGAACGGUUGAAAGCGGAACAAGAGGAAGCUUUCGAACAACAGACUUACCAGCUCAAUCGUCGGCGAGGCAUCAAUUCGGAGAUUAAGCAAUACCAGGAACAAAAGCGAGAGGCGGAGAACUAUGCCAGGAAGGCGGAGGAGCGUGACCAGGCGAUCAUUACACACAUUCUCUGGAAGCUUUUCCAUUUCCAGCGCCUAAUUGAUGAAUCGAGCGCCGAAAUUCAGCGACACCAAGAUGAGCUCAAGGAACACCGUCGUGGCGUCGAGAAGUACGAGAAGAAUGUUGAAGAGGCAAAGAAAGAGCAUGCGAGAGUAGGAAGAGAUGUUGCCAAUGCGGAGCGAAACAUCAUCAAGAAGGAAAAAGACAUAGAGGAUUUGACAAACUCCUUAGUUCCGGUUGAUGAAAAGAUAGAGAUUACCUCCAGCAAGGUCCAAAAGUUUACUUCAAGAAUCUCCGAGAUUAGCAAAGAGCGUGAAGCGCAAGCUGCCAACGCGAAACGCCUUGAAAAAGACCUCAAGAUUGUGGAGAAGGCCCAAGCUCAAUGGGAAUCGGAAUGGCAGAAAACCAUGAGCAGGGCGGGCGUCCAGCUGAGCGAAGCAGAUCUUCAGGAAUACAACAAGCUCAAAGAAGAGGUCAAUAAGCGGUCGUCAGCGGAGCAGUUGAAGCUCGACAACCUGCGACGUCAGAGAAAGACGGAUGCAGAGACCGUUAACAGCCUCAAUAGCAGAUUCGAAAAUGCUCAGUGGCAGCUUCAGAAUUUGGAGUCGGAUACCAAGACCUUACAGGAGCGCAAGGAGGCAGUCAAUGAGACAAUUAAGGCCACAUCUCAGGAAAUUGACCGUAAGAAAAAGGAGUUGAACACCGUCACUUCGGAGCGCCUUCGUGUCUCUCAAAUGAGAACCGAGUUGGAGGAAAAACUCCAAAUGGUUCUGAAAAAGUUACUCGAAGCGGACGAUGGGAAGAAACAAAAUGAGAAGGAAAUCCGAAUGAAGGAGAUGAUCUCAACGCUGAAGCGCAUCUUCCCCGGCGUUAAGGGCCGUGUAAGCGACCUCUGCAAGCCGAAGCAGAAGAAAUACGCAGAGGCCGUGAGCACUGUGCUGGGUCGCCAUUUCGAUGCUAUCGUUGUCGAUAAUGAGAAGACUGCGAAGGAAUGUAUUCAGCACCUUCGCGACCAACGAGCCGGUCAAGCGACUUUCAUUCCUCUGGAGACCAUCCAGGUCAAGGCCUUCAACUCGAACCUCAAGGGUAUGCAUCGGGGCAUGCGACCAGCUAUUGAGACCGUCGACUACGACAAUUCCGUUGCCAGAGCCAUCAGCUAUGCUUGCGGAAAUGCAAUUGUCUGCGACGACCUUGAAACUGCAAAAUACCUUUGCUAUGAGAAGGGCGUGGAUGCAAAGGCUGUCACCCUUGAUGGCACUGUCAUCCACAAGGGCGGUCUUAUGACUGGUGGUCGUGGCCCCAGUCAGCAAAACUCGAAACGCUGGGAAGAGUCUGAACUGGAGAAUCUCCACAAAUUAAAAGACAAACUGCUCGCUGAUCUGGCUGCAUUGCCAAAGGGUCACCGGCGGGGUACGGAAGAAGAAAGCCUACAAGGAGAUCUCGUUGGACUUGAGCAGCGCCUCUCGUACGCUACGGAGGAGUUGAAGGCGCUUGAUAGAAACCUCGAGAGCAAGCGCAGUGAGGUUGAGUUCGCUAAGCGCCAGCUGGCAGAAUUAACGCCCAAACUGCGCGAAAAGCAGCGUGCACUCGAGCAGCUUGAUCAAGCUAUCCGUGAAUCCCAGGAUGCGGUUGGCAAUGUGGAAGAUGAAGUCUACGGCGAUUUCUGCAGACGGCUGGGCUAUGAGAGCAUUCGCGAUUAUGAAGCCCAGCAAGGGUCUUUGCAAGAGGAGGCCGCGCGGAAGAAGCUCGAGUUCACGACUCAGAAGAGCAGAAUUGAAAACCAGCUCAGCUUUGAAAAGCAGCGUCUACAGGCUACGGAUGACCGAAUCAACGCUUUGAAGGCGCAGCAUGAGCGAGAUCAAGCGCUAAUCAAGGAUUUGAAAGCGGAACAGGACAAUAUUCGGCACCGUUUGGACGAGUUUAAUGCGGAUCUUGAAAUUUUCAGAGAGCGCCUUGAGGAGCAAAAGGAUCUUUAUGCCCAAUCGCAAGAGAAGCUGGCAGAGCAACGACGAGAGCUUCAGAAGCGUGCCAAGAACGUGGAAGACACCUUGAGGAUAGUUAAUGCCUUGGAAGGCGAAAUCCAGCGCCACUCCUCUAAUCGCUAUGCACUUCUUCGUCGUUGCAAGCUCGAAGACAUUGAUAUACCGCUGGCGGAGGGUUCGGCUCCUUUGGAUCAACUGCCCAUUGAUGAUCUAGUUCAAAACGCGGAUGCGGACGCAAUGGACAUUGACGAGGAUGCCAACGCCACCGGGCUGCAGGCACCGGCUAUUCAGGACUACGGCAUUGAAGUUGAUUUCGACUCUUUGGGCGAAACUCUGAAGGAGGCGUCGGACGACAAGGUCGAAGAAGAGCUACAAGAGCGUAUCCGGUCUCUGAACAGCGAACUGGAGAAGAUGGCUCCCAACACACGAGCGAUUGAGCGUCUUGAGAGCGUCGAGAAUAAACUUCGCAGUACGGAAAAGGACUUUGAAGAGGCCCGGAAACGCGCCAGAAAGGCGAAGGAGGCCUUUGAGGCUGUGCAGCGGAAACGCUCAGAACUGUUUAACAAGGCCUUUACGCAUAUUUCUGAGCAGAUCGGUCCAAUUUACCGGGAGCUGACGAGAAGCCCGAACUACCCUCUUGGUGGUCAAGCGUACCUCGAUAUCGAGAACUCUGACGAGCCUUAUCUCGACGGCAUCAAGUACCACGCCAUGCCUCCUCUGAAACGGUUCCGUGAUAUGGAACAUCUGUCCGGUGGAGAGAAGACCAUGGCUGCGCUUGCUCUCCUUUUUGCAAUACACUCGUAUCAGCCCUCCCCGUUCUUUGUGCUCGACGAAGUGGACGCUGCAUUGGACAAUACCAAUGUCGCUCGGAUUGCCAAUUAUAUCCGCGACCAUGCUGCUCCUGGCAUGCAGUUUAUUGUCAUUAGUUUGAAGACGGGACUUUUCCAGCUCAGUGAAACUCUGGUUGGCAUCUACCGGGACCAGACGGAAAACAGCAGCAACACGCUGACCCUGGAUGUGAGUAUCUUCCCGCAUUACGUCAGCAGUCAUAAACUAACCGGUUCGCGACAGCUUCGCAAGUACCGCUCGUAA